AUUUUUUCAACCAUUUUCAACAAUUUUCUUAAAAUUAUUAAGAUCACAAACCAUCGUCAUCGUCCCAACAACCAAAACCCUAGUUCUCUCAAAACCCUCAAUACCGACGAACGCAGAAACAUGGUGAAGAAGAGCAAAAAGAGCAAGAGCAAGAGGGUUUCUCUUAAGAAGAAGUACAAGAUAAUCAGGAAAGUGAAGGAGCACCACAAGAAGAAGGCCAAAGAAGCCAAGAAAUUGGGCCUAAACAAGAAGCAGAAGGCCGAGAAGGAUCCAGGCAUACCCAAUGACUGGCCCUUCAAGGAGCAGGAGCUCAAGGCCCUUGAGGCCCGACGUCAGCGCGCGAUCCAGGAGCUCGAGGAGAAGAAGGCGGCCCGUAAAGAGAGGGCUAAAAAGAGAAAAUUGGGGCUGUUGGAGGAUGAAGAGAUGAGAGAAGAAGGUUCUGAUGGAGAGGAUAAAGUAGCUGCUGAUGUUUCUGACAGAAUUCCUAAAACUCGAGACAACUCGGAGAGAACUUUCUUCAAGGAGCUAGUCAAGGUGAUUGAAAAUUCUGAUGUUAUUCUAGAAGUUCUUGAUGCUCGAGAUCCCCUGGGUACUCGUUGUGUUGACAUGGAAAAGAUGGUGAUGAAGUCGGGGGCUGAGAAGCGUCUCGUUUUGCUCCUCAAUAAAAUUGAUCUCGUUCCUCGUGAAGCUGCCGAGAAGUGGCUUAAGUAUCUUAGAGAGGAGUUACCAGCAGUCGCGUUUAAAUGCAGUACUCAAGAACAGAAAUCGAACUUAGGAUGGAAAUCUGGUCGAAAGGCUGGGAAAACUGGCAAGGCGAACAAUAUCUUGCAAACAAGUGACUGUCUGGGGGCUGAGACUUUAAUUAAGCUGCUGAAAAACUAUUCAAGAAGCCAUGAGAUAAAAAAAUCGAUCACUGUGGGUGUUAUUGGCCUUCCAAAUGUCGGUAAAAGUAGUCUAAUUAACAGCUUGAAAAGAUCACAUGUUGUCAACGUUGGUGCCACGCCUGGACUCACAAGGUCCAUGCAAGAAGUCCAGCUGGACAAAAACGUUAAAUUACUAGACUGCCCUGGGGUCGUUAUGCUUAAAUCUACCGAGAAUGAUUCUUCGGUUGCUCUUCGAAAUUGCAAGAGAAUUGAAAAGUUAGACGAUCCAGUUGGUCCUGUUAAGGAAAUUCUGAAGCUUUGUCCGGAGAAAGUGUUGGUGACGAUAUACAAAAUCCCGGGCUUUGAUUCUGUUGAUGAAUUCCUUCAGAAUGUUGCUACAGUGAGGGGCAAACUCAAAAAAGGUGGCAUUUUGGAUGUGGAUGCCGCUGCAAGGAUUGUUUUGCACGACUGGAACGAGGGUAAAAUUCCAUAUUAUACGAUGCCUCCAACUAGAAAUGUGGAGGAGCUUUCCGAGGCAAGAAUCGUCCCUGAACUUGGUAAGGAAUUCAAUGUGGACGAAGUUUACGGUGGCGAGUCAACAUUUAUCGGCAGUUUAAAAUCUGUCAAUGAAUUCAAUCCUGUUGAAGUACCUCCGAACAAUCCAUUUAAUUUCGAUCUGAUAGUUGAGGGUGAUGGAGAACUGCAGGCUCCGGUUGAAGGUGGUGAUGCUGAUCAGAGUAUGGAAACUAAUGAAGAGAGUUCCCAACCGGAAAAUGUGAAAUCCGGCAAUACCUCAAAGAAGCAAAACGAGAAGCUGUAUGCAGAGGAAGGUAUGCUCAAUACAAAGAUAAGAAAAGCGGAGAAGAAGAAGCUUAAAAGGGAAAGUCAGCCAGCUGCAAUGGAACAUGAUGCGAAUGAUGAUUACGAUUUUAAGGUUGAUUACAUCAGGAAGGAUACUGAGAUGGAUGGUGAUGAUGAUGAUGUUGUGGCAGGUGAAGGCCAAAAGAAUAGGUUUGAGCUGCCAUCUGGAGUUGAGUUGGAUAAUGAGUGAAAUGAAAAAGUAACUCUUAGACUAAAGUUGCUUAAAUUAUCAUUUAUCAUUUCUGACUGUACGGGUCACAUUUCAAAUGUGUUAACAGUUUUGUAGGACAACAAUUUGAUGAGAACUUUACAAGCUUUUAAAUGUUAGUACUUUGGUCUGCAUUUACACAGAUGUGUAAAAAAUUGUUAUGAACACAUAAAAUAAU